AUGGAGAAUAUCAACACACCUUUAUCAGAAUUCAGCAUGGAAGAACUCUAUCAAGAGUUCUCUCGAAGAAUGCAAACCGAACAAGAACAAAGAUCGAAUGGAGUACCAAUACCGGUGGAAAUCCUUACCGAAUUGGAGAACAACACAGAGAUACAACUUCAAGAUAAUAUUAAAAGAUUCAAACGUGGCCUGCAACGAUAUAAUAGUAAAGAAUGGCUUACUCCAGAAAGAAUCAAUAAAUCUCUCUAUAACGAACUCCAAAAAAGAAAAGUUGGGGCCAACGAAGUCAUUAACGAAAUUUAUAAACUUACAGAAACUACCAGACAGCAAACCAAAGCAGCCAUUGAAAUUUACGAACAACUCACUCACGUACUCGAAAUCAUCGAAGGAGGACAAGACCCCAGAUCACUCCUUAACAGAGCUCAAACACAGAGCCAUCGUUUGGCAAUCUUUGGACUCUUACAGGGAAAACUCCAGGGAAGAGAAGCAAAAAUCCCCACUGCAGAAGCUCUCAACAUGCCAACCAGCGUACAACAUUUGUUACCAAAAAGAGAGGACAGCAAAUCAAACGAUACCUUUAGCGAUGAAUUUAUGCAACAGUACCACCAAGCCAUCUUCGAAAGAGGCUUACUCCAAAGAAAUUCCUUUAACAAUAAUAGAGGACGAGGAUAUGGACAAUUCUCAAGAGGUAAGAAUGGAAACUCAAACUCGAGAGGGGGUUAUAGAGGAUCACGAAGACGAGGUCAUUUUUUAUCCCAAGGCCAUCAAUCAACCAAUCACCAGGCGUACUACAGCAACAACAACAACAACGAACAUCAGAACAAGCAGUAG